GAGAUCUGGAGGGCGUGGCAAUCCGAUCACUCAGAGGCAUCCGGGGCAUGUGCCUGCCAAACGGGUGGCUAGGUGGAGCGCUCCCACCAUCGACGCGAAAGGCACCGUCUUCGUCGGCAACGAGGAGGGCAUGCUCUAUUCUCUUCGUGACAUGGAUGGUGACGGUGUCAUCUUUGGCGAUGAGGAGACUUCAAGUUAUGACACAAAGGCAGCCUUCUCGGGCUCUUCCUCGCCGGCCAUUGCACCCGGAUUCCUCGCCGCAGCCUCCUGCGACUCCCUUUUUGUCUUCAAGGCAUGCCCGAGUGAUCUGGCGGCUGAGUUGGUGGCUAGGCUCUUGA